UGCACCAGCGCCGCAAGAGCAAGACGCGGGACUAGUGGGGAGGAAAAAAAGGAACUGCGCCUGCGCUGUGCCCACACUGAAGAUGGCGGCGAGCGGCGUCGCGUCCCCGCGCUGAGCGCCACGAGCCCGGCCGCCUGCCCACACUCGGCAUGGCAGCCAAGGGGGCCCGGCAGCGGCCUCGAUGGGGCGGCGGGGAUUCGGCGGCGCCCGCCCGGCAACGAGACGAGGGGCCUCCGCCGGGCGCCGAAGAGAACAAGGCCGAAUCCUCGGGAAGCAAAGCGGGUCAGGUCUGGGCUCCUGAAGGAUCAACAGCUUUCAAGUGUCUAAUCUCAGCCAGGUUCUGCGCAGCUCUGCUAAGUAACAUCUCCGACUGCGAUGAGACCUUUAACUACUGGGAACCUAUGCACUACCUCGUUUACGGCAAAGGAUUCCAGACGUGGGAAUAUUCCCCCGUUUAUGCCAUUCGCUCCUACGCGUACCUGUGGCUCCAUGCUCUGCCGGCCCUCUUCCAUGCUAGAGUCCUCCAGACGAACAAGGUCCUCAUCUUCUACUUCCUGCGCUGCCUUUUGGCCUUCCUGAGUUGCGUUUGCGAGCUUUAUUUUUACAAGGCAGUGUGCAAGAAGUUUGGGCUUCAUGUGAGCAGGCUCAUGCUGGCUUUCUUGAUUCUUAGCACCGGGAUGUUCUGCUCAGCCUCAGCCUUCCUUCCCAGCAGCUUCUGCAUGUACUGCACCAUCGUGGCCAUGACGGGCUGGUACAUGGACCGAACAUCGUUGGCAGUCCUGGGUGUGGCUGCCGGAGCCAUUGUGGGUUGGCCGUUCAGCGCAGCACUGGGCCUCCCGAUUGCCUUUGACUUGCUGGUCCUGAGAAGACGUUGGAAGAGCUUCCUGCAGUGGUCCUUGGUGUCUCUGCUGGUGUUUCUGGUGCCCAUGGUGGCCAUCGAUAGCUACCACUAUGGGAAGCUAGUGGUCGCCCCUCUGAACAUCAUCUUCUAUAACGUCUUCACCCCACACGGGCCGGACCUUUACGGGACGGAGCCCUGGUCCUUCUACUUCGUCAACGGCUUCCUGAACUUCAACGUGGCUUUCGUCCUGGCCUUGCUGGCCUUGCCCUUGACCUGCCUGAUGGAGAGCCUCCUGCAGAAGUUCCGUGUCCAAAACCUGGGCCGCCCCUACUGGCUGACGCUUUCUCCCAUGUACGUCUGGAUCCUGAUUUUCUUCAGCCAGCCCCACAAAGAGGAGCGGUUUCUGUACCCCAUCUACCCCCUGAUUUGUCUCUGCGGAGCGGUGGGACUCUCGGCCCUCCAGAAAUGUUAUCACUUCGUCUUCCAACGGUAUCGUCUGGAGCACUACACCGUCUCCUCCAACUGGUUGGCGCUGGGCACCGUCUUGGUCUUCGGCCUGCUCUCCUUCUCCCGCUCGGUGGCUUUAUUCAGAGGUUACCACGGGCCCCUGGACCUUUACCCAGAGUUCCACAGAAUUGCCACGGAUCCCACAAUCCACACUGUGCCCGAAGGCAGGCCGGUCCACAUCUGUGUCGGGAAGGAGUGGUACCGGUUUCCCAGCAGCUUCGUCCUCCCGGAGAACUGGCAGCUCCAGUUCGUUCCCUCCGAAUUCCGGGGACAGUUGCCCAAGCCGUUUGCCAAGGGCCCCGGGGCCACCCGCCUCGUUCCCACGGACAUGAACGAUCAGAACCGAGAAGAACCUUCCAGAUACUUCGACAUCUCCAAAUGCCACUACUUGGUGGAUCUCGACAGCCCCGACGAAGCUCCCCGGGAACCCCGCUACGCAGCUAACAAGGAGGAGUGGAUCACAAUCGCUUACAAGCCUUUCCUGGAUAGUUCAAGAUCCUCAAGGUUGUUCCGAGCUUUCUACAUUCCUUUCCUCUCUGACCAACACACGAAAUAUAUGAACUACACGAUCUUGAAGCCUCGGCGGGUGAAACUCGGCCGGAAGAAAUCAGGAGCCUAACGGGCUGAAGAAGAUUCUCAGCUUCCUCUUCCAAUUUCUGUGAUCCUCUUCCCCACUUUUGAGAGUUCCGGCCUAAAAGAGCUUGGAGGGAGAGAAGGAGAAAAAGAAAGAACCAAAAAAACUUUCUGUGUUUGUGACGGCUUCCCAUUUUUUUCGAGCGGCUGAUUUUUUUCUGCAAGACGUGGAAGAGAUCCAGUGGCUCCUUUUCAGAAACACCCCCGGGGAAAAUACUUAACAAGUUGCUCUUUAAUUCUGGCGAAGGGGGCUGACUGGAUUCCUGGCUGCAGAGGGGGGGCUGGGCUGGACCGGGCUGUGGUGGGGCGGGGGCCGUUUUCAAACAACCCCCCUCUCCCCAUCUCAGUGAUGGCAAACCUUUUCGGCACUGUGCCCAAACUGGAAGGCACGUGCAUUCGCAUGUGUUUGCGCGCAUUGGAGUGCAGAAACCCUGAAGACCAGCUGACUGGCACACGGAUGCCUGGUUUGGGGGCAUUUUUCAGACUGUUUCCAGGCCAUUUUGGGGGCCAAAAAUAGCCUGAAAAUGGCCCAAAAACGGCCUGAAAAGGCCCCCCAAACGAUCUGAAAAUGACCUGGUUUUUUGGCCGUUUUCUGGGCUGUUUUCGGUGCUCUGGCACCUGCGAUGACCAGCUGGCAAGGGCGCCCGUGCCCACAGGGAGGGCUCUUCGUGCCACCAUUGGCACGCCUGCCAUAGGUUUGCCAUCACAUACCCCUCUACUUGCCCCGGAGCAAACGCUUCAUCCGACGUUUCGAGAGGCCUCACCGUUAAACGUCUGCAAGAAAGGAAGAGGCACCGAGCGGGGUGUCUUUGAUUGUGGGGAGGGGGCGGUGGGGGGGAGGUCUCCGCGCUCAGCAUGAGCCAGAAUAAUUUGCACUUUCGGAAAUCGCGCUGUUUAAGCGAAACCCGCGUGACGACGGGCAUUCGGUUUUUCAAAAGCGCCGCCGUCUUUCUCGCCCGCCUGUGCCCCCCUCUCCCAAAACACCUUUUUUUUAAAGGAUUUUUUUCCUUCGGGACUCCUCGCCCGGUUCUGGAUUCGUCAAGGAAACAUCUUGUCUGGAUUGUGUUUCUGGAUCUGGGGAGGGGGGCAUCCAAUGUUGAUUGUCCUGUGCGUUGACCUCCACCCACCCACCCACCAACUGUUGGCUGUGAAAUACCGUCUCGUUCCAUGCCACCCGAUCCAGGGUUCUGUAAAACUUCCGUGUUGAUUAAAAAGAAAAUUGGCCUUUUG